AUGUCGAAAAGGAGACCCGCGAAAAGGAGUUACUGUGAAUUGACUGAUGAAGAGUCAGAUUCGAAUGAAAAUAAACAGCAUAUUUUUAUACCUAAUCCAGAUGACUCUGGCACUGAUGGAGAUAGUUCGUCAGAUACUGACAAUUCUGAAUCAGAACUAUCUGAUGAAGACAAUUCUGAAUCGGAAAUUCAUGUACCAAAUGUCUCAUAUCGAUCUGUUUUUGAAAGUUAUACAGAAAAACAAAAACUGACCAAUAUUAAACAAUUUGGAUAUUUUUCAACUGCUCUUUCCAUUGACGAAAUGAUGGUUAGAUUUUUUGAUCGCACGUGUCUGAGGCAAUAUUUGCCUUCUAAACCUGACCGAUACGGGAUCAAACUCUGGGCCUUGUGCGGAGCAAAUGGAUAUAUAUUCAACGUUGAUAUUUAUUGUGGUAAGAACGAUACAAGCAUUGGGAUAAAUUUAUCCGCAUGUCCACUUGGCUCCAGAGUUGUAUUACAAAUGGUUAAUCCACUUCUACAUAACCUUUCAAAAAGAAAAUUGUCUGACUAUCAUGUCUAUUUUGAUAACUAUUUCACUAGUCCUGAUUUAGUCGUUCACUUGAACAAAUGUGGCUUACGAUCUACAGGAACUGUUCGUAAAGAUAGAGUGAAACAAAAACAUGAUUUUGAAAAAAAAGCACCACGAGGAACGAACAAAGCGACUGGCGUCACUCCCUUGGAGCCAAUGGAAAGAUAUUCAAGAACUGCUAAGAAAAGAUCAAAAUUGGAAUUCCCUUGUGCUUUUUCUUCGUAUAACAAGUACGUGGGAGGAGUGGAUUUGCACGAUUUUCGAUGCAAGAAAGCUUCUCCAAGUGUUAGUUCAAAGAAGUGGCCAUUCAAAAUUUUCUCACGAAUUAUUGAAAUAUCAAUAACGAACGCUGUAACAAUAAGCAAUCUUUGCAGAAAGGAUAGAAAAAUAAUGAAAACGCAAGAAAUGUGUAAAGAACAAAAUCCAGAUCUCAUAAUUUUAGGAGCAAAGAUUUAUCAAUUGCGCUCUAAAUGGAUCAUUAUUCAACCAUUUAACGAUUCAUGUUUAUGUGUUCAUUGUGCCAAUUUAGACCUUUCAGUGACCGCUUUGAAAAAUAUACUCAAGAAGAGACAUUCUAAAUUUUCAACUUUAAAAAAAGAGUUCUUAGCCAUAAUAGUUUGCUCUAGUGAGAACGAUUUACGACGACGGAACAUGGAAAGAGCGCAUGUGAUGGUGUUGGAGGAUUAUUCAAACAUUAGGCUACGGUUCAUUUACUUGUCGUCAUCGCGCAAUGAAAGUAUACAAAAUGCUGAAGAUUUUGUUAAAUAUGUGAGAAAGUAUACCGAUAAAAUAAGACUUAUACAUUUGAAAGCUGAAGAACUUGAAGAUUUUCAUGAACAAAAUGCUAAGAAAGCUAAGUUUGAUCAAUUACACACCAUUGAAAAUUUACAUUUUCAAGAAGAUAUUGAUGCAUACCAUCAACUACAGAAUAAAAAUGAUUUUAAUCAUUAUCAUGAAUCCACAGAGUCUCAACAUCAAAUUUCCGAAAAUGAGCAAAAAUCCGACGAAAUCGAUCAGCCAUUAAUAGAUCUAAAUCAAGAAAACGAAAAGAAAUUUGAUGAAGCUGAGAAAUUGAAGGAAUGGGCUUCUGAACGUAACAUUGAUUACGUAGCAUUAGAUGAAUUGCUGUUAAUAUUACGAGAAAGAUUAAUGCCCGAAUUACCAAAAUCUUCUAAAACAUUCCUAAAUUUGAAUUAUAAUUAUGACAUAAAAAAAAUUGAAAAUGCUGACCGGGAUAUGUCAUAUGUUUAUUUCGGAUUAGAAGGCAGUGUACGAAGCGUAGUAAAUCCAGAUCUUCAUAAAGAUGGAAACAUUUUUUUACAGUUCAACGUAGAUGGAAUGUCUUUGUUUAAAUCGAGUAACGUACAGUUUUGGCCAAUUUUAGUUAAAGUGUGUGAAAAAUUUGAUACCUACCAGCCGUUUGUACUUGGCAUAUUAGAAUCCGAUGGAAAACCUGAUCAUAACGCUGAUCAGUAUUUAGAUGAACGACGAUGCGGAUAUCGCGUGGCAGACGUGGGUAUGGUGCUAGAGCUGGUCGGUGGCUCCGGGGUUUUCCGGCGCUUGUGGAGCCCGGAGAACAACGGCCCGGACAGCGAAUUUCUCGACUGA